AUGGACCAUGUGGGACCUACACCCAUCGAUUUAUACCUUGGACCACAAUUGAUCGGAACUUUGAUCAACACAGUUUUGUACACAGUCGAGGUUUUGUUGGCAGCCACCUACUUUCGAAGCCCCAGAGGCAAGAGAGAACGAAGAGGGAUUGCAUUAGCUGUAAUCUUCAAUCUGGCAGUGGAUACAGUAGGGAGUACUGUUGUGUGUAUAAGCGCGUAUACGUUCUACGUUACAUUCUGGGGCAAUGCUAAUAGCAUAUCGAAUACACACUGGAGUCUUAUCGUCAAUAUCAUUACGAACGCAAUUACAGCGUUCGUCGUUCAAGGCUUUUUGACAUACCGUUUCUGGAAAUUGUCGGUAUCGAAAACGAAUGAGGCCGUUCAUUCGCCACGACGCUUUGCUUAUCUACCCACAAAUGCAGCCAUAUGCAUCACGAUUGUCAUUUUCUGCUUGAUGCUCUUUGGGUGGGGAGGGGAUAUUCAUCUAGCAAUUAGGGCAUCGCAGCCUCGACGCAGACCGGAAGACCGUCUGCGUGAUACUCGCGACGUUAUUAUGGCUCUUGCGGGGACUGCGGCGGCCGAUCUUGCUAUCACAGGGGCCCUCAUAUGGACGUUUGAUACACUCCAACCCACCGUCGAAUCUGGUCAGCGUAGAAGAGUGGGGCUCCCAUACACGUCUUCACAGAUAACUGACGAAAUUCUCUUUGCGCGGCCGAAGAAUUUUAUUUCUUCAACACCGUCUCAUUCUGUACCUGAUUUGCAUCAUGAACUGAGUAAUAAGUAG